UAUUUUUGUUUCUACUGUGUUUCAUCCAACUACCUAACGUUUAAAACAAAGAAGGUUUAAAUUUUGAUGAUUGUUUCUGUGGCGAAGAUGAAAACGACCGUGAGAGAAUCCAUUUAGAGCAGAGCUGCAAAGCUGUAAUGGUUUCAUUCUCAAUACCUUUGAAGACGUCAAAAAAAUCGAAUCACUUCAACAGAAAGAGAAGCUACAAACUUUACGCCGUAACCUGGUUUGCAUAAUCUUCGUACAAGGAAAAUAAGAUUUUCAUCGACUUCCUACAUCAUCUACUUAUUUAGUAAUGAGAAAACGACUGAAGUAACGGCAUUGACGGAGACUUGAGGACUGACAAAGUAUAUAUAAGAUGAGUCCAAAUGUCCCCACAAUGGUCAUUAAAUCCUUAACCAAACACAGAAGACUCUCUCAGCCAUUGUUAUUCAGUCUAGUAUUCCUUGCUUUCCAACAUACUGCUUGUUUAAUAUACCCCUACCCGGUGUGGGGAUCUCCGUAUCAGACCGCCGACCAUUUUUGGCCGUUUCAAAACAUCACGUCGGAAGGAUUGCUCGAGGAUGUCCAGGGUGCUGCACACACUAUUGUUUACAAUGGAGGUAAAAUCAAGAAAGUGGAUCAGCUUGGUACUUCACUCUUUUUUGAUGGCAAGGAUGACUGGGUCGACACUGGCAACUUUCGACAAUGCAGCGAGCUACCUGAAAUGAAGUACGGCUGCGGCUUCAACGCCGAUUGUGUGACAGAUCCARCUCGCUGCAAAGAAGGUUUCACUCUUGCUUUCUGGCUCAAAGUCUAUGGAUCUGGWUAUAUCAUGUCCUCUGGUUCAUUCACGAACUCUAAACGCGGGCCAGGCUUUCGGCUCGUCUACGACACCUCUAUCAGAGGCUUUGAAUUUAUUUUAGAAACUGCRACUAAACGAUGGCGAAUCCACGUCCAGGGAGACGUUAAUCAAUGGAUUCACAUGGUUUUCUCGUGGAAGGAGGCUAAUGGUAUUGAAUACUAUGAGGAUGGCAACCUAAGUACGCAUAAUAACAAGUAUUUCUCCCUUACUGCAAGRCCUAAGAGGUACACCCCUGUCAUAACUCUAGCAAGACCCAAUAAUGUCAUGGAGGUCCGAAAAUUUGGCCAUUUUGAGAUCUCACARUUUGGUGUUUGGAUGAAGUGGUUAUCACAUAUAGAAGUGGCGGGUGUGUAUAUCAAUGGAGUCGUUUACAACCAAAAUACCGCGGUUUGCUGUUAUUAUAAAACCGUUGGACAUUGUGUGACGAACGAAUGCUACAAUCCAGAAUAUUGCAAAAGGAUCGACGCAACUCAUAAAUGCUUGUGUCCUCGAGUCAGCAUGCAGCUCGAAACAUGUAAAGAAAAAAUCAAGGGUUAUUGCGCGGAUGAGAUUGCUAGUUGCAAGCUGUACGCAAACCAACCAAAAUACUGCGAGCACCGAAAAAUGAGGGAUGUGUGCCCGCGAUCUUGUCAGUACUGCGCUGUAGAUUCAUCGACUGAAAAACCMAUUCAAGAGUUAGUGGGCGGGCGCACAUCGAUCAUGCAGGGGAUCUCUCCCAACAACCCUAGUUCUUCUUCUUCAUAUUCUGGAGGUGGUGGUGAUGGUGGUGGUUUAUUCAUCUCGACGGAGCUAAUUUACCAUGAUACGACGCCAGCAUGGUCGAUAUCAGCCACGCCUACUCUUAACCCUGGUAGCAGUAGCUAUGUAMCGRUUGUCAUGCCCACUAGUAAUAUGCCUUUAUAUGGCAACAUCACCACUAGGAAGAUGCCAAGAGGUAAAAAUUGUGAGACGCUAUCAUGUCAGUUCUACGCYCAGUGCCGCAUGCAUGAAGACUAUGCUCAAUGUGAAUGCAAAGUGACCUGUUCUCUAGAGUACGCACCGGUAUGUGGMACCAAUAGCAAGACGUACAUCAACAAAUGUGUACUGAGGGCGGACUCGUGUAUCUUGGGCCGAUGGAUUCGAGUAGCCAAGAAAGGAUAUUGUGGUUCGCGGUAUCCAAAUGCAGCUCAUUACUGGCCAUUCAAUGCAACCUCRAGUUCUAAAACUCUCCUUGAUGUGCGMGGAAGYUGUAAGACACUAACUUACAAUGGAGUACGUACUACAUCCGCGGAUCAACUUGGUGACGUGCUCUCCCUGGACGGGAUCGAUGACUGGAUAAUCAUWAGUGGUAUUCGUAGCAAAUGUAUUAAUGAUCCUACACUUUGCAGUAAAGGCUUGACAGUUGCCUUUUGGCUUAAAUAUCACGCUGGCGAGUUUAUUUUGUCUGGUGGACGUUACACCGAUCAUCAGAGUGGACCAGGAUUUCGUUUCAUUUGUUUGAACUGCGCAAGYGCAACCUCCACCGACAGCGACAGCCAACAGACAACGAAGCGCUUUGUCCUCGAACUCUCAACACAAAACCAAGAAUGGAAAAUUACUUUAGACUUCCUUCCAAAAGCCUGGUUUCAUUUCGCAUUUACUUGGCAUCUUGACCACGGCCUUAAAGUUUACAAAAACGGGAAAAUAGUCGUAAAGGAUACYACUGCGAGAAUGGUCAAGUUUCCCGCCUUAAGUCAUACUUACGAAACUAUUACUCUUGGCCGGCCGAAUAGCAUUUCCAAGYUACACAAGUAUGGGAAAUUCGAUAUCGGGCAUUUGGUGAUCUGGCGGUACGAGCUCUCGGCUUAUGAAGUAGAGGUCGCCUUCCUUACCGUGUUGGCCAAGACUACUAAAUCACUAAUUUGCUGUCAUUUCAAAAAAAUUGAUCCAUGUUUGCUCAAUCCCUGUUCUAGUGGACCUUCCUGCAGGAACAUUGACGAGAAACAUUCCUGCAUCUGCCCUGAUAUAACUGAACAACCAUGUACUGAACACUCUCGYAUUUACCCUUGUGUUGAUCGAUCCGAUGACUGCGGGAUGUUUGCAACUCAARCCGGCUACUGUCAGUACCACAAGAGAUACAUGAUGUCCAUGUGUGCCAAGUCGUGCAACUUUUGUGGAGACGUGAAUGGUGACCGUUCAUCAACAGUUUUGCCACCAUUACAAACAUCAGCACCAGAGGGCUCGCUUCUCAAGACCAAUAUACCUACAUCUACGCCACGGUUAAGCGAAGACAGAAUCAAGUCUCGUACGAGCAAAAUUACUGAUCAUACAUCUUCUAAAACCGGAGGAAAGAGCUCAGAAAGCGGAUUAAUUCGAGUCUAUGGCAAUAGGUCUAAAUCUAUGAGUACAAUUAAUCAAGAUGGAAGCGAGCUUCCCAGUGAAAAAACAAGGGGUUCUACUGAAUAUGAUCCGAAAACUGUCGCUACUAGUACAGGAGCUGGGUUGAAAUCUUUAAUUGACGCUAAUGCUGACGGAAGUAAAUCCAAGCCAUCGAAAUCCUUAAGUAUAUUGUUGCUGCAUUCGAUGAACGAGAAGAGUUUCUGGCACGAUCAGAAGAAAAGUGCUAUUCUGCAAACUACCGACAACACACAUGAUGCCCGGAAGUCUACGAAAACUACGAUUACAAACCUAUUGCCUUCGCAAAAACCCGAUGAGACUAUCAAGACAACACGGAUGACACUCUUUCCCAGUCCCUCUAUAAAAUCUAAAGGUAAACCGCCAAUUUCAUCUCAUUUUACAGGUUCUGUAGCGGUUACCCAGAGAAGUAUUAUUCGCCCAGAAGCAAGUCCGUCCUUUAUAGGUCCUCAUGAGAUUCAUACUGCAGGUUUUGGUUCCCAGACUGUGUUAUUACAACGUGAUGUGUCUAAAACGCAAAGCCAGAGAAUGCCAAAUGUUUCACCAACUCCAACGCCGUACCCUACAGUCCCGAAACCUCAGUUGUGCGAUGUAGGGCUAAGUAAGUCAUGUAUUUGUAUGAACUGCCAGGAAAAUACGGACCAGACACUCGCAUGCUGUACUGAUGUGAUCGGACCGGAGAAGCUUAAUGAAGCAGUUGUGCUUGAAAUCACCUCGAUAUCUGUACUAGACUUCCUUGCCAAGCAGCCUACGUUAAAGAUAUUAUUAGGUGAAAUUGUUGCUGAUUAUUGCACCCAAACAUCGUGCAUUCAAGAUAUUCAGUCCAAAAGGUUGAAAAGGAAUGUAAUUGGUGAUGAAAGUGCGCAAAAUAGUGGUGUAAAAGAGUCCGAACAGUUUAUUGACACAAUAAGACCUUAUCCUCCUAGGGAUUUGCCCACUAAGAGUCUGUUAACAACGACAAUUACUCCCUCCAAAGCGAGACCUACGAAUGUAAAAGUAGUAGUGUUCAAAUUUGCGCCAAAUUCUGCUCACGGUCAAAAACUUUCAACGGGACUUUUCGUGACGGUUACUUCUAUUGUUGGUGGAAUCAACAGAACUUACGUUCUCAAAGCCGAUGUUCUAGCAGGACUUGUUCGCCGCAAAAGAGACGUGUUCAAGAGAAAGYUAAAUAUAACGAUUGACUCUGUGAUGACAUGGAAAAACUGGCAAGUUACAGUGAGUAGCAAACCGAGGGUGGCCGACUCUACGACAUCAUCUGGAUUUACUCCGUCCGUUGGAGCAUCAGCUACACCAGCUGACACGCCGGGACCUCCAAGCGUGGAAGGACAGGAGGGACGUAACUCUACGACUAACAUGUCACGUGGUACAUUCAUUAUUGUACUCGUGACAGGGAUUGGCGGCUUUGUUGUGCUGGCCAUUAUAAUCAUCUAUAUGCUUGUCAAGUUCCUAAGGCGUAUGAAAGGAGAAUUUGUACCUGAUAAGAUUUACCCCAAUGAACAGAAAGCAAACGGCGGSUCUGAUCAGUUGAUACCUUCAUUUGUUGAUCCCUCGACACCAAGAAUAACAGACGUACCAAAGAAAACUGUAAGAACAGGAGGAGGAGGAGGGUCUUCCGGCGCAGGAGGAGUACAAGGGUCCGGGGGUGGCAAGAAGAGUAAGAAACCUAUGGGAGUCAAGGUUACUUACAAGCCACCAAAAUGGGAUUAAAGUUGUUGUUAUAGGAAUUAGAAUCAUGGAAGAUGGUAAUUGUACUUCAUUGAGUUUUAUUGAAUCAGAAGAGUUACAUGGACUUUACAACUUCUUCAGAUGGAAUCAAAAUCAAAGAUGCAAAACAGCAAGUAAAAGCACUUGGGGCGCAUGCGUAAAUCUGGUUAGCCUUGCAUCCAAAAUGCACUGGCGUUGUUUUGCCAAUUGAACUUCUAAUGAAAGAGGCUGUCAUCAUGAGACAUUAAAAAUGAUAUUUAUAAAUAUGCACUUACCUAAUAGGUAUGAAGAUUAUGAUCAGGUAAUGAUCAAAUAUUUGUUUAAAGCUGUAAUUUAUUUAUCCGGCAAUCCUUGCAGCAGGUUUGCAUACCCAUAAUUACUUGGGAACUAUGAUUAGAUUGCAAGCAAAAUUAAGCAAACGUAAAAUUGAAUGAAACCAAAGAAUUUGAACAUCUACUUAGAGAAAUUCUUGGUAAAUUAAGUGGCAUAAAUCAAAUUGCACGUCGAUAAAAUUCGUAUCAAAUUAAAAUUCACGCUGCACGUACAGAGAUUAGAGAAKCUAUAAUUUUCUCUUUGUUGUACUAAUGUAAAGAUAUAUUUGUGCAUCUUGUGCAACGACUUUAUUUUUAUAUAUGAUUAGAAAUCAAUGUGUGCUAGGUAAAAAUGGCCUUGAGUGGUAAGUAUAAGGCCUGUGGAUUCUUUUUUUACAGCGAAUAAUCGUAAUUCUWGGAGGUAGAUAGAAUAGACCUCUUCGGCUCUGACGUAAUGUUUUCCCAUUUCACAUCACAUGUCAUUCCCUACAUUAUCAUUUCUUUGUUUAAGGUUUGCGCUCGGUUGCACACGAGAAGACACAUGAAUAUAACUAUGUGGAUACAGCUCAAACAAGGAUCUUAUUCUCAAGGGAAUGACACGUGGUCUGAAAUAGGAAGAAGAGGUCUAUUGCUCUUAGUCUAUUUAUGAUGAUUMCUUUCUCUUGACUUCGUCCUCUCCCCCUUUUCAACUCUCCCCGCAACAACCACAACUCCACCAAGUACUGCAGGCUAGUUUUAUAAAGUGGAUUAAGAUAUUUUAUAGAUGAACGUUGAGUAUGGCUGUAUGGCUAUCUCACUUGCUUUAAUGGUCCGUUGAUAAAACUGAACAGCAGUCAUGUUGUUCAUUUAAGUAGAUAGUUACGUUCCUCGUAGAAGACUUGAUGAACAAAGUUAGGUGCGUGGGAAUUUGUUGAGUUUCACUUGACGGUAGUUCMUGUCAUGUACACAAUGUUCAUUAGCUGAAUCACAAGCUUCAAUAGAAUUCUUUUUACUAACACCAAAUGGUGGUCAGUGUUUGACCAGCAAUUACAGAUAAUGAGAGAUAAUGAGAUUCAAAGACUUUUUAGCUGAUUGAAGCCCAGUAUCAGGGAAUCAAUGGCUCAAUUACCACAGGGAUCCCAGUCUGGAUUUUGGUUGGUAGCACGAAAACCAAACCUGGGAUCUCUGUGGAAUUUCCUCACUUGGAAAUGUAAUGAUAGUAAUGUAAGUAAAUAAUUACUAAUUAUUAAUUAAUUAUUAAUUAAUCACACACACAAAAUUAAAUUUUACAAUUGAGCUUUUUCUACUUCAGACCUCACGACAGUAGGAAUUAUAAAAAAAUCAUACUUAAUGGAAUGAAAUGUGGUCUGAAAUGGGCCACCAAUACGACCAAUGUAAAAGGGUUUAAAAAACAAUGUUUUUCUUGUUUUUUUCCUUCCAUUGAAUCAGAAGUGUGUGGCAUGAUUAUCAUGUCAUAUUGUUCGAGUCAUCCUGUAUGGUCGAUGCAAUCGACGCCUAAUUUAUCUUACGUAAGAGUAAGGUACAUCUCAUGGCACAGAAACUUUGUCCUUGCUUGGUCCUAGCCUAACCUAUCGCACUUUUAACUAAUCAGCUAUCUUUUAUGGAAAUCUUUAGUGUCGUCCUAACCUCCUCCGAACGCAACUCUGGUUGGGAUUUUUGGGAAAUGAUCGUGAAUUCUGUGGUUUUAAAAGAAUCUGGUUGUGUAUUCCUGGGUCGAGGAAAAAAAGGAAUGGGGGUCUUCCUCAGUCUCUAGCCUACCUGCGCGUUCCACAGGGUCCCCAAUGCCCAAAUCCUAAAGUUGCAUGCGGAGAAGGCUACGUCUGACCUAAAAGCCGAUCAAAAGAAAUACGUCUGCAAAACGUAUGCUUAACUUAUUUACACAUAACAUGGGGAAGCUAUUUCGAAAUGAAGCAAGAUUUUUUAGUUUACUGGUGACCAAACUCAUUAUUUAGGAAAUAUCUCAACUAAUUAUAAACUGCAUGAAGAAUAAGCUGUUACAGUAACUAUGGAAACUAACGAGGUUAAUCACUCCUAAAAAUUGUACGAGGGUAAAACAUCUGCGCAUGCGUGUAACCCUAAUGUUCAAUUUAUAGUUCCAAACCCUUUAGUUACGGUUGCUAUGUCCAGCACAAGCUUUAAAAAUACAUUAUUUAAAUAAAACUUUGAAAAGCAAGAAUAUAAUAUUGUGUUUUUAUCAGUUUUUACCAGCCCAAGAAAUUUCUGUUGGACUUGGACGCGGUGGGUCCUUGUAAAUCUCGUAGCUGUUGAUAUAUGAUUUUACUUUCACCGGGGAUUAAUUCAUUAUGGUAUUUUUAGUUUCGCAAGAAAUUCUCGGAAAGAAAUCUUUUAAGGAGGCUACUACAUACACCAUAAAGAGCAUGCGCAGUUGUUUUCUUCUCGCGUUAGCUUUUCUAAAUUAAUGAUAACGAAAGGUUGAGAAUUGCAACAAUAUGGAGUUAAUAUUAAUAGAAAAGUUGAUAAAAUAAAGCUGUUAAGCAAAACCA